GCCACCACUGCGCAGGCGCAGAUGGAGGAGAUGCACGAGGGCGCCAUGCAGGGCCGCCUGGAGGAGGUGCGCAACCUGGCCGAGGAGCGCCGGCAGCUGGCCUACUGCCGCGACCAGCAGGGCGCCAGCCCGCUGCACAAGGCCGUGCUCUUCCAGCAGCGCGCCCUGGUCGCCUACUUCGUGCAGCACUUCCCCGCGGUCAUGCACACUAGGGACCACCAAGGCAGGACGCCGUUGCACUACGCUGCCGUGCUGCAGGACAACGGCGAGAUCUACCGGAUGCUGAAGACGGCGGGGUCCGACGAGAACGCCACCGAUGUUUACGGCCACACCCCCGACUUCUACCUCGACGCACCCGGCGAGUUGACACUGGAGCAGCUCAAAGAAGGCACCUCGUCGAGCCGCUCCAAGAAGGCCAAACAUCGCAGAAGAAAGUCGGGUGAAAACAGCACUGCCAGCAUUCGUGGCUACUCCGCAAAGCCAGCGGGUCUGAAGGUACAGAUCCGUGAAAUCAUCGGCCAGGGAAACCUCGAGGCCCUUGAAGAGCUUGUUCUUCACGGCCACGGCGACCGUCUGUUGGGCGAGACCAGCCCGAACCCGGUCGUGCAGGAGUUUCUGGACAUCGUGCCCGGAUAUAUCGAGCAGAUCAGCGACGUGCACCGCGCCGUGAUUCGGGGCCGGCUGCGCGAGGUGCAGACGCUGAUGAGCCACCGGUCGCUCUCGCUGGCGCGGGACUCGAUGGGCGCCACGCCCAUCCACAAGGCCGUCAUGCACGGCCACGUGGACGUCGCCCAGCAUCUGGCCGACAACUUCCGCGACUCGCUCAGUGCCAAGGACGUCGAGGGACGAACCCCUCUUCACUACGCGGCCGCACUCAGAGACGGUCGCAAGAUGUACAACAUGCUCAUCGCAGCCGGUUCCCCGACGACAAUCGUAGAUAGCAAAGGCAAGACAGCCGACUACUACCUGCAGUAUCCUGAGAAGCUAGGACUGGAACAAAUCAUCAAACGGAAUCAGCUGGCCAACGCAACACACCUCGGCAAUACUGUCAGCAGGCUCAAAGCCCUCGCACCCCCUUAUAUCCAGAAAACCAUUGUGAACAUGCACGAGAGGUACCACCAUUCUAAUGGCGGUUUGAACGGCAACCAUGAAGCGCAUCUGAACGGUGAUGACGAGAAAGUGCGCACUGAGGAGAACCGAUCUUUCCUUUCUUACUUCUUCUUCUUCUUCUUCUUCUUCUUCUUCCUCUGUGUUUGCCACAACCAGUCGGAAGGCUCCCAAGACACGGCCGAGGACAAAGCUGCUGCCCAUCUAGUCAGCCAGCAAGAAUCGCUAAAGAAAGUCAUGAUGCGAACGAAGCCCAUGUUACCUCCUGUGAUAUUGCCGCGCCUGGAAGUGAACUCCGCCAACAUCCGCAAAUGGAUCGACGAGCAGGAUCUUCAGAAGCUCGAGGGCGCCGUGUUCGAAGGCUACGGUGAGAGGCUCGCCAAAGAACCCUCGGUCCGGCACGAGCAGUUCUCCUUUGUUUUUCUUGCAGCGGCGUUUUGGGUGCAUUUAUAUAGAAGUUUUACAUGUCCUCGCGCAAUAAUCAUAUCCAUGCCACAUCACCAGGAUAUACAAGGGGUCUUAUUUACAGCACUCUUCUGGCUGUCAAGUGGAGCAGUAUUAUUUGGUGGAUCAAGCGGCCACGGAGAACACCAAUUCCAGGGAUGUCCCGCUAUGAACAAACCUCGAUCACUGACCCCGCAGGUGGAGCAGUACCUGAGGAAGGACGUUCCGCGGCUGCUCGAGCGCAUCCAGGCCAUCCACCGCGCGGUAUCCGACGACGACGUCCGCGCCCUGGAGAGCCAGCUGCAGAGCCCCGACUACGCGUUGGCCAGGGACCACCUAGGCAUGACGCCGCUGCACCGCGCCGUCGUCCUCGGAAGGCACGACGUGGCGCGGCUACUCGUCGACCGCUUUCCCGAGACCAUCAACGCCAGGGAUCGGGAAGGACGUACGGCUCUGCAUUACGCGGCGGCCGCUUCCCGGAGAAGCGGUCGCGCGGACAUGUACCGACUACUGUUGCAGAAUGGCUCAGACCCAAGGAUCAGGGACAACAGGGGCAAGUCGUCAGAAUACUACAAAACGCACCACCUACAACUGGCUCCCGAGAUCGCCCAGAUGAGCAGCAGUGCGAGAGACAAAGCCAGGAGUCGCUCGGAGCCUCCGGGGUCAAGGCCACGGAGGAACUCUCACGCGUCCACGGCACUGCACGAGAAGCUGACGGCGGCGCUGCAGAAGGGCGAUCCCGCUGAGGUCCGCGAGCUCGUGCUGGAAGGCCACGGCAGGCAUCUUCUGGGCCGCACGAGCUGGAACGAGGAGGUCCGCCACCUGCUCAAGAGCUUGCCCCAGUUCCUGCACCAAGUGAGGGCUACCCACGAGGCCAUCGGCAGUGGCGACCUGGCAAAGCUCAAGGACCUGGCUGCCUCGGAUGCGCAGCUUCUGCGGGCGCGCAGUGACCUGGGCUGCCACCCAAUGCACGCCGCAAUCGAGGCCCGAAACCUGGAGGCGGCGAGGCUCAUACUGGAUGCCUUCCCGGCCGCCAUAAAGCUCAAGGCACCGCAUGGCCGGAACCCAUUGCAUUUAGCGGCACUUCGAAGGGAUCACGAAAUGUUCAAGUUCCUGGUGGAUAGUGGAGCCGACCCCAAGGCAUUGGACCAGAAAGGGAAGACUGCGGAGUACUACCUAAAGAACAGCCGAAAACGGCGGUCAAGAUCCACGGCGUCCACGCACGAAACGUCGCGAGAGCGCUCGUCCUCAGUUCAGGACACGAAGGCGGCCGCCGUCGAAACAGCCGCGCGUAGCACCGAGCUCGAGACCAUAACGGUGCCCGCCGACAAAGGCGCACUCGGAGCAGUCGGCGACGCUGCCGACGGCGUAGGCCGCGGCGACGAAAGCGCCGAACGGGCCGGCGCCACGAACGAAGAGGCGACUGAGCCCGGCGGUAACGAAUCUGGCCAGAGUGGCUCGAGCGACGGAGGAGGUAAGGGCUCUGCUACUCCAGCGUCGGCUUCCUCAGAGAGCGGUGCUGCCGCGGCCAAAGACGCGGUGGUCGAGGGUGCGAUGCUCGGAGCCGUUAUCGAUGGCCCAGCGCCGAACGCAGAGGCCGCCGGCGCCCUCCCAAAGGACGGUCGUAGUGACCAGCAAGAGUUGUCGGGAGAAGGCGCUGUUGAUGCAUCCUCCUCCUCCUCCUCCUCUUCUGAUUCCCCGCCCACUGUCGUCACUGUCUCCCCCGACGAUGGUGCUGUUCAUAGAGUGAACAGUUCCGGUCUAAUCAAAGAAGGGCAGCGUGCCUCUGGUGACGCUGAAACUGAAGUCGCCAAAAGAGGGAUGGUUGGUGCGGGCGUCGAAGAGAUCGGUGGGGAGAAAAAUGGCGAGGAUGCAAAGAGUAUAGAGUCGAGUGAGCAGCGUAAUAUUGUCGCAAUGGAUGAAGGCGUAGCGCUUUCUUCGAAAAAUGCAGUAAGCGAAACAAGUGCUAAUGGUGAAAGCCACGUCGGCCAAGGGGCGACUGCUGACGUCGCGCGUCAAGUUCAGAAUGGCGACGUUGCCGGUGAAUUACUUGCAGAAGGAUACCAUCAGAAAAUGAGUCAGAGCGAGGGUGAUCACAGCGCGGGCAACAAAAGCGACGCAGUAAUUGAAGAUGGAAGUAAAGAAUGUAGCCAAGCCAAUACUAGCCUUACAAAUGGAGCCGAUGAGUCCAAACAAUUAAAGGUACCUGCACCCUUUAAGGAACUUCAAGGGCUACCAGAAAAUGGCGCGGCGCCUCACGUCAUGGAACAUGUGGAACUCCUCAAGGAUUCGAGAAGCGGAGGCGUCACUCCUGAGCUGAAGAGUGUUGUAGACGUCAAAGCGAAAAGCGGUGCCGAAAAAGCUGCUACUCCGGCUGACCAAUGUGACGGCUCUACAAACAGCGUGAAUCGUAGAGAAAGUCCUAACGUAGAAAACAUACAAAAGGAAUCGUCUACAGGAGAGAGCGGUCUUGGAGGAAAGUGUGAAAGCUCUGCUGGCGGCGGUAAGACUCAAGCCGAUGAUAAAAAUCAGGAUAGUUAUACACAAUGCGAAAGCGACAAGAGCCAAGCUAGUGAAGUCAUGCGCGAUCAGCAGGCAAGCAACUCAAAUGAAGAAGAAAACGAUCCUGUUUCUGGACAGCUGAAGCCCGACAGUGCUUUGGUUCUCAACGGCCCGGGUCUUUCGAAAAAUGUGCUCAAGAAUGAUCACAAUGCUAAUUCUUCAGAUAAUACUUUUGUCGAUAAGGAUAAUACAGAGGCCCAGGCGGAUACAAAAGAGGAUCAGAGCAGUGACCGAGGAAAUGGCACUGCAAUUUUAACCAAGUCAAAUGAUAUAACGCUUGAGCUUGACAAAAGCAACGACCACGUCAUCGCCCAUGGCGAAACUCAGAAUGAGAUGCCCAAGGCCAUCAUUUCUAGCGAAGCGAUGACAGGAGGUAUUGAGAACGCAGCCCUAGAAGUCGAUGGGGCUGAUUCUAAGGACCAAAAGGACAGUAAUGAGAGUCAAGAUAAAAAACCUUUAGAAACUGCGAAGAAAGUGGAUCAAGGAGCGAAUGAGGAUACCAACAAGCCACCAUCCAGCAAGCUCGGCAAGAAAUCAAAGCUUGUGCCGGAUCAAAAGCCAGCUGUUAAGCCCGUAGGUGCAAAAGAAGUAAAGAAGAACGGAAUGCAGAACCCUCGAAGAAGCAGCAGUAUGGCGUCCAUGAAGGAGCACUUGUCUAAGACCUCGUCUCGACAUUCUUUGAAUAUCGAUGAAAAGAAUGUGUCGAAGGACACUAAACAUGGUUCCUCUGAUACGAGGACAAUGACCAGUAGUAUGAAUGAAGCUUCAAGAGCUAACUCCGUAGCCACACUUGUCACAGGUAAAUCGGGCACAGAACAGAAAAGAGGAGAUCCAGAUGGCGCAAGACCGGCAGCAAAGGGCUCCAGCGAUAUUCCUGCCAUACUGACGAGCAGUAGUCAUGACCAUCAAGGCGAUGCAGCUACUCUACACAAGCUGACCGAGAAAGAGGCUGACCGAGAAGAUGAACACGAAGGGGAGAAAGAGCAGGAAGGUGAAACAACAAUCCGAACAGAGCAUGAAAUUAGAGAUCGCAGUGCUUCACAGUCGCAAAAAAGUCUGAGUGUCGCUGCUUUCGAUGCAACCAAGGAAGAAGUGUUGCAAGCUCAAGGCUCAGUGGGCACUCAAGUUACCAAUGAAGACACGAUAGCUACUCGCGUUCCUGAAGGGGCGGAAGAAAAUCCCUCAAUCGUCACGCGAAGUGAAGCAAUUAAACAACACGGACAUGACAUUCAAAGCUCGGGCCAAGAGUACAAAGGCGUCAAAAACGAACAAGAAGCGAGUUUUCGUGCAAAAGAAGACCAAAUGGAUUCGCAAGAGCAAUCCAAAGACCAAGAAGCAGUGUCGAACAGUUCAGUUGCAUCUGUCGCAACUAAGCCUACCAAAGAAGUGGCUCCAAAAGAACAGGUCGGUGUCGACAGUGACAACGCACUCAAUGAAGCGCCGAAGUCAAAGCCACGGGUGUCGACCAACUCUCACGAGAAGCCGGAACCGGGAGAGCCACGCCAGCGAAGCGCGGGAAAGCGCCCGAACGAUAAGGGGAUUAAAGUGUCAAGUAACACGUCGGCGCAACUCGAUCGAUUGAAUGAGCUCAUCGACGUUUGGAUCAAGGAAGGCGAUCUGCUGCGCCUCGAGCACGUGGUCAUCGCGGGCCAGGGGGAGCGGCUACUCAACAAGACGUCCGACGAUAAGCAAGUCCAAGAGUUCCUGGGACUCGUUCCCGCCUACAUGGAUCGCAUCCGGACGGUGCACGAGGCGGUGGUGAGCGGUAACAUGGCGCAGGUUCGCCAGGUGCUGACUCGCAAACGCUUCGCGCUCAGCCGCGACCGCCUUGGCGCCAGCCCCCUGCACCUCGCCGUCCUGCACGGACACACGGACGUGCUCAAUUACAUCGUCGAGCGCUUUCCCGAGACGCUGGACGGACCGGACAACGAAGGGCGAACACCGCUGCAUUACGCAGCCGUCGUGCUCGAGGCCCAAAAUUACUUCGACAUUCUCAAAAAGGCUGGCGCUGACGAGGCCAUCAAGGACAAGAUGGGGCACACGCCGGAAUACUACCUGAAGAAUCCCAAGGAGCUGAGCAUUAGAGACCUCCUCGCCAACUACCACACGCCAACGGACGACGACAAGUCGGCCAAAGCGGACGUGUGGCAGAGACCGUCCACACCCGCCGCAGCCGCAGAUGCGCCCGAAGCGUUGACUGUCGUUCCGGAAGCGCCUUCGGCGCCAGUAGCUCCCGCGGCUAAUGGAGGAGUGGCUCAGCCGGCCGUCCUGCCCGACGGAAAACCGCAACAGCAAGAAGCAGCGCCCGAGGUUACAGCGUCAGAGGCGUCGAAAACGACAAACUCAGUGCCAUCGGUGGAAGCGGCGUCGAACGCCGCGCCGGAGGCGCCGCCAGCGCCAGGACAGGUGGCUGCCCCACCGGUACCAACCGAGAAAGGUGUGCGACAGCCCGUCGACGAACCUUUGCAGACGGCGGUCCAACUGCCACUGGGCGAGCAUGCUGCGAGUCGCGCGACUGCUGCAACGGGCCAGCCAGCGUCGACCACGCUGCCGGCCGGCAAGAAUGGGCAGAAUGGCGGCGCCGACAUGGUGCAGUUGGCACAAUCCUUGUUGCUGACGGGAAGAACGUCGGAGGAGGCCCAGUACCUGAGUUCCAGCGUCGGCGACGCGCUAGUUGGGGCCCUCGCGGCCGUCGCCAAGCAGAGGCCUCCAGACCCCGUGGCCUUCGUCGCCUCUUGGCUAAAGCAGAAUCAAAUGGUCCAGGACCGGCCGACCACCAGAGCUCCGAACGCCACUAUGCCAGCGGUGAACUCGAAAAACCGAGACAACGAGGUAGCGUCCAGAGCAAACACUAUUUCGUCUUCGGCGACAAGCGACGACAGCCUGAGGAGAGCGGGCUUCACAAACCCCUUCUCCGAGGAGGCUGCCAUCGAGGAGACGGAGCACUACAUGGAUGACUACACCCGGCUCAAGGACGAAGAGGGUCAGACAGUGCUGCACUUCGCCGCCUCGCACGCGCACAGCGAGGGUUGCUUCUACGCGCUGGUGCGCCAGGGCCAGGCGCUACUCGCCGAGAGGGACUCCCGUUACCGGACAGCGAGGGACGUGGCUCGCGAGGCCCAGCAGACGGACAACGUGUUCGCGCUCGACGCGUUCGUCCUUGACGCCUUCCUGGAGCGCCGAGCGGGGCUGCUGCGCGCGCUGGCGCAUCGAGGAUACGAGCCACUGCUGCAUGCCGCCGACCGCCACGGGCGACACCUGACGGCCGUGCUGGCUCAAUUCCAGAUGACCGAUAUGCAGGCACUCGUGCACGACAUGGACGCAUUCUUCAAAACUCGCGAGGAGCUCCACGCGUUUGUACGCAACGGAUACCUGGAGGGUGUGCAACAACUGGUGAAGCGUGACGUCAGCUUGGUGACUGCCAAGGGCACCAGAGGACGCUGCGCACUGCACGUUGCCGUGCUCGUUGAGAACCCGGACGUGGUGCGACACCUGGUCAAAUCAUGUCCAGAUGCACUUCACGUCGCCGACAACAUGGGAAGGACGCCACUGCACUACGCCAUGGCGAUGCCCCACGUGACCACCCUUGGCCAGAUCCUGGUACAGGGAGGGGCCUCGCGCACUGCCAGAGACGUCAAAAUGCGGACACCCAGCUACUUCUUCAUAUACAAGCAAGAAAUACUGAAGCUCAAAGAAGAGGAAUCUCCGGACUAGGCACUUCAUUUCUAAAUAAAAGCAAAUUUUCUACGUUUAUACGCUGGCAGUCCGAGUAUGUAAAAGGUAGGAUUGCUUCAUGUAUUUACGAAGAAGUUUAAACCAUCAUUCAAAGAAGGACACAGUUGAACAACAUACUUACAAUCAUAGCCUCGGUCGAGACGAGAAGGUGACUAAUUUUAUUGCUACUUUUCUUUUUGACAAGGUGCACUCGGGAACUACGCUAGACCUUCUGAUUGCCGCAAUGUAGGAAAUGGCGAUAGCCGUUCUUCGACGAUUUCUGUGACUCUUAAAGAACCCCUCACCAUUUCCCGGCAUAUUUUUUUUUUUUUUUUUGCGCACUGGUAGAUGUUAAGCACCGUCCACGGAACAGUAUAUUAUCAAGGAAUUUUUUUUAAGUACUUUGUAAUAGCGGACAUAAAAGCACAUUAAUUGGAUCGAGGCGAUAAUGCGAGGAAGCGAGAAACUGCCAACGACAGUUGCUCUCAUGAUAAUUAUGUUAGUGGUAGUGCUGCUUUGGUGGUGAUCGAGGAGGAGGGAGAUUUUUAGAUAUGACAUCGAUGUGCGGCCCAUAAGUUUUCCCACAAGAAAUUGCUGUAGAAGAAAUUCCUGGCGCUGAGAUUGUUCAGAAAUCACAUCAAUAAAGGGUAGUACAUGGAUUUUGCAUAGAUUUCUAUAAUCUUCGUGUUUGUGGCUUCAAGCGUCACGUGGCAUUGUUUAUAACGCUUUACCUUUAUAUAGGAAAUUUGGUUGUUCGAGGAACCACAACAAACUAACAUAAUCUCUAUCGCGUUCUCUACCAGCAUCCGCAGUCGAAAUUCCUUCCCUGCAUUCACCCGUAUUAGAGUAGAGAGCAACGUCACUUGACGUCAUGAGCCCCGUCUAGUAUUCGUCUCUCUCUCUCUCCCUUACUCACUGCUUCCAGUGGCAGUUUAGCACGCCCUGUGUUUCGCUGGAAUCUGUGUAUUUCGCGUUGCUGCUGUCUGCACGCUGCACGUGGGAUCGGUGACAUGGUAAACAAGACCAAUGACGCCGUAGUUUGCCUAAGCACAUAGGUGCAUUGCGUAGACACUGCAAGAUCACCACUACAUGAUCUCACGUCAAUA